ACGUCAGCCUGCAGAGUCAGAGAGGGAGGGGAAGGAGAGAGGGAAGAGAAAAAGGAAGCUGUCCGAUAACUUUCUGAGUGUUUGUCCAAAGUUCCAGCAAAGUUUUGGUGCAAAGCGGCGAUCGGAGGCUCGGUGGAGGCAGCAGACAGCCUCAGAGGGGGACGGACUCGGUUCUGAUCAGCUGAUGACAACAUUCAUCCUGCUGACGGCUUCAGGCCUCCACUGACCACAGAGCCUCCAGAACCAGUUAGACCAGCAUGUCCUCCGACCUGAACUCCAGUCUGACCAGCAUCGACUGGCUGCCUCAGCUGGGGAUCAGCGGCCUCCGGUCGGGGAGGGAGAGGGGAGGAGGGGGAGGAGAGAGGAAGAAGGAGCGAGGGAGGGAGCGGGGAGACUUCCUGCCCUCGGUGCCGGACCCCGCCCCUGCUACCUGCAAAGGGAAACCCCCCCACAGCUACGCCACGCUCAUCGCCAUGGCGAUAGCAGCAGCACCUGAGAGGAAGCUGAGCCUGAACGACAUCUACACCUGGAUCAGCGACACGUUUCCCUACUACAGCCGAGCAGGACGGGGCUGGAAGAACUCCAUCCGUCACAAUCUGUCUCUGAACAAAUGCUUCCGGAAAGUUCCUCGACCUCAGAGUGACCCCGGCAAGGGCUCCUAUUGGACGAUGGACGGACCCUCAGAGGCCAAUCGGGUCAGAGCGCUGAAGCGUCCGUAUCCGGAGGAGGAAGAGGAGGAAGAGGAGAGGAAGGAGGUUCCUCAGAUGGAGACUCCAGCAGAUCGAGGACCUUCUCCUCCUCACCUUCACCCUCCUCACCCAGCGUCAGAGGCGUCUCCCCAGGCCGCCUCCCUCUCUCCUCCCCCCUGCAAGCAACCGUCUCCCUACCCUCCUCACCCCUCUGCCUCCCCCUCAGCUGCUCCCAUAGCCUCCAUCACCUCCUUCACUCCUCCUCUGCCUCCAGCCUCCACACCAUCAGCUCCAUCAGCAUCUCCAUCUUUCUCCUUCACAUCAGCUCCUCCAUCCUUCUGCCUCCCCUCAGUUCCUCCAUCAGCUCCUCCUCCAGGUCCUCCAUCCUUCUCCUUCCCCUCAGCUCCUCCAUCGCUUCCUCCAGCUCCAUCAGCUCCUCCUCCUCCUCCAUCCUUCUCCUUCACACCUUCAGAUCCAGUUCCGGUUCCGUCCUUCUCCUGCGUUCAGAACUCGGCUCCGGUUGCUGCUCCUCCCGUCGUCUCGCUGAACUCCUCCGUCGAUCCUUCGCUCAGAUUCACCUUCGACGAGCUCCACCUCCCAGAUCUGUACGCCUCCUUCAAGUCUCUGUUCAAGACGAUGAGGGAACGAGGAGGAUCUCAGUCGGACAUCGUUCCUCUCAUCUUCCCCAGUAAUGACACUACUCCUCUCCACACUCCAACUCUGCUGCCAAUGUCUCCUCAUCUUGGUCCUCCUGGUCCUUCUGGUCCUCCAUCAUCUGCUGCUCUUGCUCCUCCUCUUGGUCCUCCAGGUCCUCUUGGUCCUCCAUCAUCUGGUCCUCUUGGUCCUCCAUCAUCUGGUCCUCUUGGUCCUCCAUCAUCUGGUCCUCUUGGUCCUCCAGGUCCUCCAUCAUCUGGUCCUCUUGGUCCUCCAUCAUCUGGUCCUCUUGGUCCUCCAGGUCCUCCAUCAUCUGGUCCUCUUGGUCCUCCAUCAUCUGGUCCUCCUGCAGUCCAGCACACAGUUCCUCCAGACUGGUUCAGCAACACAGAUUCUCUGAAGCAAAGUUUCCGCAUCGCCAGCAGCCUGGACUGGGCCAACAUCGACCUGUCGGGUCACCCAGACCUCCUGGAGAGCAUGCGUCAGGCUGAGCUGUGUGACUGGGCCCUGGACCCGGCUCUGUUCACGUCCCUCUGUGACUCCCUGAACCGGUUCUUUACCCAGAGGGGGAUGAUCACCUCCCCCUCCAACCCUCCUCCCACCCUGGCCAGCCUCACCCAACCCUCCCCCCUUCCCUUCCCCCCCAACGGAGCCCCGCCGCCCCGCCGGGUCCUGGGUCAGAACCUGCAGAGACCACAACAGACCCAACCUGCAAACACACCUGCUGGGGCUCCUCCUCCGUCCUCCAGACAGCGUCCUCCUCUGAAGAGUCUCCAUAGCAACAGCGAGGAGAUCCAGGACGACUUCGACUGGGACUCUCUGCUGGUCUGAAGCCACAAACCGGCCAGUUAUCAGGUUUAUGGUGGAUUUAUGUUGAACUAACGCGUUUAUUCUGACCGGAAACGACAUGAAGAAGAAACAGAACCUGAUCUGACUUCCUGUUACAUGAUUAUUGACAAUAUUUUAUUGUUUGUUCAAAAUAAUGACAUUUUUACGCUCAAACUUUUGAGAAAAAGCGGCUUUUCUACCGUUCUAAUAGCAAAAAAUCUCAGUUCGAUCUUCUCUGAUUGAUCUGAAAUUUCCGCAGCAUAAAAUAUGAAUAUUUAUGAAGUUAUUUAGGACGAUUUAGCUUCAUAUGUCAAAUAUUUUCUGAGAUAUGGUUUUAUAAAAUCGUUUUAGUCACAAAUUUAUGAGCAUUUUGGACAUUUUUUCAGUAAUUUCGUAAAGUUUCGAGUCACUAGGGACCAGAAACACACAAUCCUUCCUUGUUUCCACUUAAUUUACUUAAAAUCAUUUAAAAUGUCUGUUUAUCUAAGAUUAGACAUAAAUGGUUCACAUUUAUGAAAUAUAGUAAAUAGAAUUUGAUUGAAUUUUAUAAAACUACUCAAAAUUUCUCCAUAAUUUGUUAAAAUAGUCCAAAAUUGGAUCAAAAAUGAUCUAAAAUGACUAAAGAAUUGUCCAAAAUAAAAAUGAUCCAAAUUCAAAAUGGACCAAAACGACUCAAAUAAUCUAAAAUUAGGCAUAAAUGGUUUAAAAUUACUCAAAAACUUUCCAAAAUUAUUUAAAGUGUCCAAAAUGACACUAAAUCUGUAAAUAAAACGACAGAAAAUAUUCUCACAUUUUUAUUAACCUGUUUGCUAAAAAUACAAAAAUUAAAGCAUUAAAAUCCAUUGUUAACGUCUCUAACACAUUAAUUUAUUGUGUUUAGUUUCUGUCGUUUUCGGCCAGAAUAAACCCGUCGGCCAAAUAAAAACUCACCAUGAGUCUAAUUUGUGGCUGAUUUUGAACAAUCUGUGGCUGAACUGAACAUAAAGUUCAUAAACUCUGUUGUAAAUGUUUGACUUCCUCUGAGAAGCUUUUAUUCAACGAUAAAUUCUUCUUUGUGCUGUAAGAAUAAAAAUUUGUUUAGUUUCCUGCAGGUUGAAAUGCUUCAAAGAAAAUAAACCAAGCGUGGAUUUCUCUGC